GGGCGGGCGCGCAGCACUUCCGGCAGGCCCUGCGUCCUGCCGCCAUUCUGGUGGUCGCUGCAGCCCUGGCCCUCGCCGUCCCCGCCCCCGGACACGGCGUCGGACGGUUCAACUUAUUUUUGUUCUACUAUCGUCUGUUUUUUAUGGGUUCAUCAAAAAGCCAUGUAGGCGGUUUGCUCUUUGAAGACUACUUUUAAAGUGUCUAGAAAGAAGAUGGAGGUGUUGCCAGAACUACGUAGACCUUCAGCUCGCCUGGAGUGUGACCACUGUGGGUUCCGAGGCACUGAUUACGAGAAUGUACAGAUCCACAUGGGUACCAUCCAUCCAGAAUUCUGUGAUGACAUGGACGCUGGGGGGUUAGGUAAAAUGAUAUUUUACCAGAAAAGUGCAAAGCUCUUUCACUGCCACAAGUGCUUCUUCACCAGCAAGAUGUACUCUAAUGUGUAUUAUCAUAUCACGUCCAAACAUGCAGCCCCAGAGACAUGGACUGAUAAACCAAAAAAACAGUUGAACAAAGAAGCAGAUCCUAUGAAAAACCCGCCCCUUCCUGUGAACCAGAACAUACCCUCUAGCCCUACAGAACCAAAGCCUGUAUCUGCCCUCCCCAUGGAAGCACAGAAACUUAGCCCUGGAUUGUCGCCAGAGUCACCAAAACCUGUCCCUCCUGGUCCACCGGAGCCUCAGAAGCCUGGCCUUGUUCCUCCUGAGCCACUGAAAACUUCUCUUUCCUCUGAACUUCCAAAACCAGCCCCUGUGGUUUCUGAGGUACAGAAGCCUGGCCUUGUCCCUUCUCCAGAGCCACAGAAGCCUGCUCCCUUGACUCCUGAGCCAGUGAAGGCUGCUCAUGUGAGCCCCAAGGCUCAGAAGCACUCUCCUUUUGCUGAUACAGCCCCCCCUGCAUCCUCAUCUCCAGAGUCACCAGUUCUGGCUGUUUCACCUGAACCUUGGGGGCCAUCCCCAACUGCAUCUCCAGAGUCUCGGAAGCCAGCCAGGUCUGCCUCUCCUGAACCAAGAAAACCAUCACCUUCAGAAUCCCCUGAACCUUGGAAGCCAUUCUCUGCUAUUUCCCCGGAGCCACGUAGACCAGCCCCAGCUGUGUCCCCAGGUUCCUGGAAGCCAGGAACACCCGGGUCCCCAAGGCCUUGGAAAUCCAGUCCUUCUAUAUCACCAGGACCUUGGAAGCCAACUAAGCCUGCUUCGUCUAUGUCUCCUGGACCUUGGAAGCCAAUUCCUUCUGUUUCGCCUGGACCUUGGAAGCCAACUCCUUCUGUGUCCCCUGCAUCCUGGAAGUCAUCUUCAGUCUCAUCUGGUUCCUGGAAAACUCCUCCCACAUCUCCAGAGUCAUGGAAGUCCGGCCCACCAGAGCUCCGAAAGACAGCCUCCACCUUGUCACCUGAACAUUGGAAGGCAGUUCCCCCUGUGUCUCCUGAGCUUCGUAGACCAGGUCCACCACUCUCCCCAGAUAUCCACAGCCCAGCAGGGUCUCCAGAGCUCAGGAAACCCUCAGGGUCACCAGACCUUUGGAAGCUUUCACCUGACCAGCGAAAAACUGCCUCUCUUGAUUUUCCUGACCAGAAAAGUUCCCGUAGUGCUUCUCCAGAUCUCUGGAAACCUUCCUUUAACAUGGAACCUCAGAAAUCUGUCUUCCCUGAUGCCCGGAAAUUGGGUCCUUCUGGACCAUCUGAGCCCCCCAAAGUGGCCCCAGACAUCUGGAAGCCUGUCCUCUCUAUUGAUGCUGACCCUAGAAAGUCUGCACUGUUUCCUGAGCCCACCAAAGUGGUCCCACCUGCUUCUCCUGAGCCACGGAAACGUGCGCUUUUCCCCGAGGCCCGGAAGCAUACCCUUUUCCCUGAACUCCCCAAACCUGCCAUGUUCUCAGAGUCUCAGAAGGCAGCAGAGCUUAGAGAUGAGCUACAGUUGGAUGCUGGAGAUGAGGAAAAAUGUGGUGUUUUGGUUCAGGAAGAGCUUCUGGCUACACCUAAGAAACUCUUAGAAGAUGCUUUAUUUCCUUCCUCCAAGAAGCUCAAGAAAGACAGCCAAGAGAACUCAGAUGCUGAGCUUAGUAGCAGUGAAUACAUCAGAACAGACUUGGACACUAUAGACAUUAAGGGCCAAGAGUCAAGCAGUGACCAAGAACAGGUGGAUGUGGAAUCUAUUGAUUUUAGCAAAGAGCAUAAAAUGGAUAUGACUAGUCCAGAGCAAUCAAAAAAUGUGCUACAGUUCACUGAAGAAAAAGAAGCAUUCAUCUCUGAAGAGGAGAUUGCAAAAUACAUGAAGCGUGGAAAAGGGAAGUAUUAUUGCAAAAUUUGUUGCUGUCGUGCUAUGAAAAAAGGUGCUGUUUUGCAUCAUUUGGUUAAUAAGCAUAAUGUCCACAGUCCAUACAAGUGUACAAUUUGUGGGAAGGCAUUUCUUUUGGAAUCUCUCCUUAAAAAUCACGUAGCAGCCCACGGGCAGAGUUUGCUUAAAUGUCCACGUUGUAAUUUUGAAUCAAAUUUCCCAAGAGGCUUUAAGAAACAUUUAACUCAUUGUCAAAGCCGGCACAAUGAAGAGGCAAAUAAGAAGCUAAUGGAAGCUCUUGACUCACCACUGGAGUCUCAGCAAGUCUGAUUUUUAAGGACAGUGUGAGUACUUGUUUUGCAAUGUCCUUUGCUGACUGUCAUAGUUUAUUAGCCUAGUUGGAUCAGUAUAUGGUGAUGCUCAUGGUGUCUCCUGUGUUGCAAAGGAAGCAUUUGGUUGUUGUUUUUUUUCAUGGUAUCUGUUUAUGUGACUAUCUUGUAAGUCAAUAAAUUUGUACUGUGUAUGCCAGAUGGAUAAAGUUUCUUAUUUAAGUAUAUUUGAAUAAUAAUGGAAAGUAGUAGACAUUGCAUUUAGUAAAUAAGAACAAGUUGUAAACACCUAGUUAAAAUGUGAGUGAAACUGAUUUCAGAUAAUAGAUGUUAUUAAGUAAAGAGCUCAGUAGUAGAACAGUUGUCUAUCCUGUGUGAGGCCCUGGGUUCAAUCCCUUGUACCUAAAGAGGAAAAAAAAGAAUUAUUAGGUGAAAUGUUUAAGAAUUAGGCAUGAGAAGUAAAUUUGGAGAAAAAAGUUCUUCCCUUUCCUAAUUGUAUUUUCAAAUCUUAGGAGUUGUUUUGUUUGAUCAUGUAAAUUAGUUUAUAAAUGUUUUAACAGUUUCUAGGUGUUUAUUAGCUUUGAUAUCAUGGAAAGUUGUAGUCCUCAGGGUCACUGAUUUUCUGCUGAGAAAGUUGAGUAAGUCUUGAAGGUGGUCUGCAGUCUUCUACAGGAGGUGAAGAGAAGGGUAGUGUAUUGGGGGCUUGCUUUUGUCCUUCAUUAUUUCCAGUAGUCUUCCAUGUGGUGUCUUGCCCUUCACUUUCCUGCCAGUUCACCUUACACUAACAGAUGAUCCUUUAAAUUGCCAAAUUUGUUGAGUUUGUACUUCCUACUCCUGAGCCUUAAAUGCCCCUACUGAGGCUUUAAGCCCAGGGUAAUGGGUAGGAGCUGAAAGUCUUCCAGAUUCAUAGUAAAAAUUUUUAUAAACAGAGCCAGGCAUGGCGGUGCAUACCUGUACUCCCAGCUACUCAGGAGUCUUAAGGUGCAAGAAUUGAGAUCAGUAGUUAAAGACCAUCCUGGGUAGCAUAGUGUAGCUGU